GACUGUGACGUCAAUUGUCACUGGUGGCAGAGCGCCAGACAUGUUUUCACCAAGAAUGAUCUCGUGUAGACAACUCCUCAACACAAGCAGACUCCGAUGGGCAGGGAGGACAAGGUGAGACAAGUGAGCGUUUGUCACGCGCUCACGGUGCACGCAGGCGAAGCUCCGACAGCCCCACCAUUCCAUCCCAAAUCCAUCACCUUCAGGGAUGAACCAUGACCUAACACGUGACGUCGCAUAUUUCCCUCCCAAGAACAAGUCAGCAGAGAUCUUGGGAUAAGGACACUCACUCAGCAUUCAUCACUUUCCAUUGGCUGCUUUCGUUGCUGCACACGGUGAUCACGGUCUUCUAUCAGCAUCAGUCGUCACGGGGUAAUUAACGUCCGGGUCACAGAGAAGAAACUGAAGGUGGAACUUCCAGAUAAGAAAGAAAAAAAUCGUGCUUCAGCUUGAUCUGAUCAGACACCUUCCAUCACGAUUCGAAUUGGUGUAUAUAUGUAUAUGUUGGGGGAUAGACAUCCUUCGCAGCAAUAUCAAUGAACAACUCUGAUUAUGUCCCAACCGAUGCUCAGCUCAUGAUGGUGGACAUCACACACUUGCUGCUAGGCAUCUUGCAGCUGAUGCUCAACAUAUGCGUGGUGGUGACCAUGUGGCAGCCCAGCCAGAUCGUCAUGCCCUUGUGCCACAUCUGCAUCUUCCACGCCGCCAUCUUUAUCCUGAUUGGUUUGUUCCGCAUCCAUGACGCCUUCAGCAGCCUCAUCAGCCAUCAACAGAGUGGCUAUCUUUGUCAUUUCCGCGUCAUCAGCAUAGUGUUCUUCAAGGUCAUGGCUCAGUGGAACGUGCUGUUGAUGCUAUCGUGCAGUAUCUUGAUGGUGCUCCCAGGCCGCCCUUUCAUGUACGUCUUCGUCUCCACCAAAUAUUUUCUCAUUCUCACGCUAGUCAAUGAACUAUUUUCGGGUAUCACCGUCUUCCUCAUCUUUUUCUUCGGCACGACACAAAUCGCAAGACACAAUUGCGAGAUAAUCGUUGUCUAUUCCGCAGAGGCAAGAGGGUAUAUACAGGGCAUGGCGUUCCUGAUGAUGAUCUUUCUGUGCUCCGUCCGCUUGUGGCGUCACUUCCGCGGGUCUUGUCCUGUCAGUCCAGACUGCAUCGACUAUGAGCUCCAAGAUAAACAUUUUUCUGCUGCCUCUUAUACCCUCCUGAUAUACUCGAUCUUCUUCUUGGUCUUUGCAAUACCGAGGAACAUGGCUAACAUGAACAAGAUCUUGAGCAACCAUGUCACGGCCUUCUGGUAUCAUUUUGAGGAAACGUCUGAGAUUACCUGGACGCUAAGCGGAGUCGUUCUGUUCCCGAUCUGUUUUGUCCGUCACCAUGAAAUACAGAAAAACUUCUAUUCCAUGAUCUGCUUCAAGUGCAUGAUGUUCAACAAUGUGUUUCAUGAAGAGGUGGACGACAGAUAUAGACGAGUCACGUUGCUUCGAGAAGUAGUGGUUGACCCCGUUCGCAGGGAUAAACUGAGGGCGAGUCUUCAGCUCGCCGGCAACAAGCGGAUGUCCAACGCUUACAUGUCUAAUUCCAUAGCACGAGCAGCAACAAGAACUUCUCUGAGUGCUCCUGGACACAGACCCACCUUGGACAAUUCGGCAGAGAAGGAGACCGUUGGCGAAGACAAUGACGUCAUCCAAAGAUCCGCUAGAGUCGUUUCUUUUGACACAUAGGUACAACCCUCCACCUGCGGGUCCCAACAUACAGUAUUCAUCUGAAUGCUGAAUCUUCAGUGAAAAGGAUUCACUGCUAGAAUAGGAGGAGUCAUUGUUGUCUCAGUUUCUUUUCAUCUUACAAUGUGUUCACGAAGACUGGUCAUCCAUGGGGCGUUUAGCGACAGUUAUACUGGUCAUUGUGACGUUACAUCGUGUUUGUGUGUAAGUGUGUGUGAGAGAGAGAGAGAGUGGAAUAGUUUCACGUGAGCGCUCAACUGUCGGUUUCGCAAUGGAUGACAGCGAUUGCUUAUGUUUUGAUAAAUAUUUCAGUUUCA